GUUUACACAAGUUUUCAUGGAAUAAAAACUCCAUUCUUCUCAGAUCUUUUCCCAUUGUUUGUUUUUAUUACAGCUGAAAGAUAUUUUUAUUGGUGUAAAUACAAACCUGACAUAGAACUAAAGAUUGAAAAAGCUGAAAAUAUUGUUCAUGUGGCCUAUACCAAGGAUCGUCAGUUGCCUGUAACACCUGCAACAAUGUCAGACCAGAAUUACCAGCAAUUAGAUGAAGAUCUGUCAGGUGAAACACUUUCCAAGCAGAACCUCAGUGAUACCAGCCCUGAGCCAGCGGUGGAGGUGGAGCCAUUUGCCACCUAUUUUGAUGAGAAGAUACCGAUUCCAGAGGAUGAAACGCACUCAUGGUUCAGCUUCCGAAAACUCUGGGCCUUCACUGGCCCGGGCUUUCUCAUGAGCAUAGCAUAUCUGGAUCCAGGAAAUAUAGAAUCUGAUCUGCAGUCGGGAUCAGUAGCGGGAUUUAAGCUAUUAUGGGUCCUCCUGGCUGCAACCAUCAUUGGUCUUCUACUGCAGCGCUUGGCAGCCAGGCUAGGAGUGGUGACAGGCCUUCAUUUAGCUGAAGUGUGCAACAGACAAUAUCCAAAGGUGCCCCGCAUUAUACUGUGGCUCAUGGUAGAGUUAGCCAUCAUUGGAUCUGAUAUGCAAGAAGUCAUAGGCUCAGCCAUUGCCUUAAAUCUGUUGUCUGCUGGAAUAAUACCGUUAUGGGGAGGAGUGUUGAUAACAAUUAUCGAUACAUUUUUCUUCCUUUUCCUGGACAAAUAUGGUCUGCGCAAACUGGAAGCAUUUUUUGGGUUCCUUAUUACAAUUAUGGCACUUACAUUUGGGUAUGAGUAUGUUCGGGUUAGCCCCAACCAAGGGGAGCUUCUUAAAGGCAUGUUCUUUCCUUACUGUAAAGACUGUGGAGCACCCCAGCUGGAGCAGGCUGUGGGCAUCGUGGGAGCUGUCAUCAUGCCACACAACAUGUAUCUACAUUCGGCUUUGGUUAAGUCCAGGGAGAUCAAUCGUGCAAACAAGAAAGAAGUCAGAGAGGCCAAUAAAUACUUUUUCAUCGAAUCAAGCAUUGCUUUAUUUAUUUCCUUCCUCAUUAAUGUUUUUGUGGUAGCUGUGUUUGCGGAAGCCUUUUAUGGAAAGACAAACCAAGAAGUGUUUAAUGAGUGCCUUAACAAGAGUAGUCCUCAAAGUAACUUAUUUCCAAAUAAUACUGACCCUCUGCAAGUUGACAUUUUCAAAGGAGGUGUGGUUCUGGGAUGUUUUUUUGGUGCUCCAGCUCUCUACAUCUGGGCAGUGGGCAUUCUAGCAGCAGGACAGAGUUCCACAAUGACUGGCACAUACUCUGGGCAGUUUGUAAUGGAGGGUUUUUUGAACUUGAAAUGGUCUCGCUUUGCACGAGUUUUUUUGACCCGAUCUAUUGCUAUUACCCCUACUCUCCUUGUGGCCAUUUUUCAAGAUGUUCAGCAUCUUACAGGAAUGAAUGAUUUUCUAAAUGUGCUCCAAAGUUUGCAGCUUCCCUUUGCUUUGAUACCAAUCCUGACAUUUACCAGUCUUCCAUCUGUGAUGAGUGAGUUUGCAAAUGGGAUAGGCUGGAAGAUUGCUGGAGGGAUCCUGAUCCUCAUUGUAUGCAGCAUAAACAUGUACUUUGUGGUUGUAUAUGUCUCUGCACUAGGACACAUAGCCUAUUAUGUGGGAGCAGCGGUGCUGUCGGUUGCGUACUUAUGCUUUGUAGCAUAUUUGACAUGGCAGUGUUUGGUUGCACUGGGCCUCUCAUUCCUUCAAUGCGGCCAGACGUAUCACCUUGGUCUGACUGGCUAUCCUGAGCUUUUCCUCCUUCACAACAUGGAGAAUGAAAACACGGCUUCCCCUCGGUGAUGUUGGGAUCACGCAGCACCCUCGCAGGCUGCCGGCUUCCAGCUUUGUCUGUUACUGAGUAACUUGGAGGUGCUGUGCUAAUCUUAGCCAAAGACACACAUACAAUGUAUGAAAAAAAGAGGACCGGGUGAUGGUGGCAACAUAGCCAGGUCUACUCGUACAACCAAAACACUGAAAUACCAGCUUAUUCCUAAUUUGUCCAAUUCUAAUUGGAUCAACUGGAACAGACCUGGUAAUUUUGCAAUUGCAGAUUUGUUAUUGGGUAAUAUAUUGGGGUAAUAUUGGGCAAUAUUGACAAUAAUGUCAAGUCAUAUGCAACAAUAACAGACCAGUGUGUGACUGGUUUUAGUGCUCUUACAUGGGGGUGUUUUAGUUUGUGUUCCAGUGCAGUGGCUUUCUUAUGUGUUCUCCAUUAACAUGUGCGUUCCUGCGCACUUGACGCCUAAGAAAGUCUCUGCACAGAGAGACAUAUUAAAAUGCCCAUGUGUAAGCGCCCUGAGGAAUUCAUUGCACUACCUCUGAGAGUGGCUCAACACAAAUGCCAAGUGGAAGGUACAUUGAUUGGUGCUUAAUCAGAAAACCAGGGAUGCACCGAAUCCAGAAUUUAAAGGUUUGACCAGAUCCCAAACCAAAUUUGAACCCAAUUUUGCAUAUGUAAAUUAUUUUGAACCAAAGAUGAAAAUUGUGGUUGAAAGUCGUGAUAUUUAGGGUUCAGAUUUUGUUUGGCUGAAUCUGGCAAUAAGAGGCUGGGAAUCUGGGAUCCGGUGCCUCCCUACAGAAACACUGCAUAGAGACAUAUGGGUUGUUCUCUGUGGUUUUAGCCUUAAUACAGCUUGCUGCGGCCUACUGAUGGGGCAAAUUUAUAGCGUACGACACAGCAUCCACCCCAAAGGGGUGCAGCAAAUAUCUGUUUAAAUGGAUGGCAAUGGGGGACAUGACAUGUGACUGUAGCAGUAUGAUGGAGCUCCCUUGUCUUUACGGCAGGGGUGGGGUUGGGACAGGCAG